CAAUGUGGAGCUGUGUUAUUACAACCUGAAAGGUGCGAAUUGGGCGAGUACUAAAUUAUAGCGCGUAACCUAUGCUAAUGCUUUGAGUAGACAGGAGUGAUACGGGUAGUAGACCAUGUUUGGGUGUUGCUUAGACCUGGGGAGAGGAGCAGUGCUUUGAAACAUCCACCGCUCUCUCAGUCACGUUAUGACAAUCAUUUGUGGUUAGCCAGCUGACGCGCGCGCCUUAUCAGUCCGAAACCGUCUAAAUUAUUGGAUUUGGGGGCACAUUCCGGCUGAAUUUAACCGUGCACUGUCUCAUUUGGAUGCUAGACGCAAUUACCGAGGAAUAAUGUGUGAUGUAUUGAAUCACAGCUCUGAACCGACAAGCUAGUGGCAUCUGCAACCAAUCACUUCUGGAACCGAAACGGGGCUUGUAUCGGCAUGGCACCGGGGAGGAUAGCAAUCGUCUGUUUACAGUGGGUGAUCCACAGUGCGCUGUGUCGCGAGGUGAUCGUCCCCAGUGGCCCGCUGUACCGCGUGGCCGGUUUCCCCCUGACGCUGCCGUGUGCCGUCACGGGCUACGAGGGCCCGCGCACGCAGGACUUUGAGUGGUUCCAGUACCGGCAGGACACGGGCGGCCACCAGAUCGGGGUGGUGUCCACGCGGGACCAGGACUUCCCCUACGCCCCCUUCCAGGGCCGGGUGCGCUCGGGGGAGAUCCGCGUGGAGAGGGACUCGGGCGACCGCUCUCGGCUGGUGGUGCAGCGGCUGCGGCCCGACGACCAGGGACGCUUCGAGUGCUACACGCCCAGCACCGACACGCGCUACCAGGGCAACUACAGCGCCUCGGUGGUGGUGAAAGUCAUCCCCGACACCCUCCUCAUCAGCCACCCGCGCACCUUGGGCAGCCAGCCAAUGACGGAGGGCUCGGAGCUGCAGCUCACGUGCAAAGCCGCCGCCCAGUCCAGCCAGCACACGCACGUGUCCGUCACCUUCGGGGUGCGCGGGGGGGCGGGAGCCGCGCUGGGGCCCCCGGGGGCCCAGGGCCACACCUUGCGGGAGAUCAUCUCCGUGGACCGCUCGCUGGCCGUGCUGCCGGGUCGCAGGGGCUCGUACGAGAAGCGUUACGCGGCCGGCGAGAUCUCGGUGGAGAAGAGGGCGGGGGACAGCAGCGGCGACCUGUACGUCAUGACACUGCGCGCCGUCACCCCCGAGGACUCGGGCGCGUACUUCUGCGAGGCGGCCCAGUGGAUCCAGGACCCCGACAUGUCCUGGCAGAGGAUCGCCCAGCGGACCCUGGAGCUGGGCAACCUGACCGUGCAGCCCCUGGCGGACACCCUGGUGGUGAGCUCCAACCCCAAGGGCGACGUGACCCUGCAGGUGGGCUCCCCUCUCAGCCUGACGUGCCAGGUGUCCGGGGUGGGCUCCUGGAGCCGCUCCUCAGUGCUGGUGCAGUGGAUGAGGCGCGGCGGCGGCAGCAGCGCUGGGGGCCCCGACGGCUCCCCGUCCUCCUCCUCCUCUGGGGGGGGCGUGGAGGUGGAGGUGGCGCGCGUGGGCCCCGACGGGGCGGUCAGCUGGGGCGACGACGCACAGCGGCGCCAGGGGGCGGCCUCCAUGGAGAAGGAAGCGGAGGGGAGGUACACGCUGCGGCGCUUCGCCGCCUACCCGUCGGACGCCGGGGUGUACCGCUGUGUGGUGAGCGUCUUCGCGGGCAAGCCGUACCCGAGUCCGUCCACCCCGGCGACGAUCACCCAGCGCUCUGAGGGCGUGAUGGUCAACGUCAGGACUAAAGACGUGAGUGUGUCGGCGGUGGCGGAGGUGCCUCGCGGCCCCCUGCUGAAGAGAGGCAACACGGUGACCAUCCUCUGCAACGUGACCGUGGCCACCUCGGGCCCCUCGCAGGUGGAGGUGGCAUGGCUGUACCGGCGCGACUCUAAGGAAGGGCUCGGCGAGAAGCCCCUGGCGGACGACCCCGGACGGCACAUGGCCACCCUGACCUACGACGGCCUGACGCGCCUCCACGCCAACGACACGGAGAUCAGCGUGGACCGCCUGGCGCCGCACUGCUUCCGCCUGAGGGUGCACGCCGCCCGGGUGGAGGACCAGGGCCACUACCAGUGCCAGGCCGGCGUGUGGGCACAGGACCCCAAGGGGGCGUGGUACUACACGGGAGCCAGGGCCGAGUCCGCCACCGUACGGCUCUACCUGUACGCCAGAGUCAUGGAUCUUCUACUCAUCCCCCUGGUUGUCGGGGUGUCGUCUGCCCUCUUUGUGGGUGUGGUCAUCAUCGCCACGGUGACCUGUUGCUUCAUGAGGAGGUUGGCAAGGCAACGGUCAAAGUAGAUGCUAUGGACUUUGCAUCCCCAGCCAAGCCCAACUGUCUGACUACAAGGCCCAUGUGGUUUAUAGGCAAUGGAAUGCCCAAUCGUCAUUGCAUACAUCUUUUACAAAAUAUGAACUGGGAUACUUUUGGUCACUGUUGUGCCACUGUUGUGCCAACAGAGUUGACUUCACAAGAUGAAAACGGGGAGAACCAACUAAAUGUUUUUGCACGAUUUUACACAACGGAACAUACAGUAUGUAGAACUAAAGAGCCUGGAAUGGUCCGGAUGUGAUUCUGUACUGUACGUUUGCACACUUAUUGAAAUGUGAAGCUGGCGCUCUUAUUUGGCCAUGCAUGCGGAUAACCACUAGUCCUUGAAGGAGAUUUCCCAUGGACACGGAACUGGAGAAAGCGGAACAUAAGUGACAACGUGGAAAUGCACACCAAUGUCUUGGUUUUGUUACUGUUUGCUCUGAUACCAGCCACAAAGGCCUGGGAUAUCUGCAGGAAACCAUGCAUGCAUGCACAUUUCGCUGCCAUGUGUAUUUUAUGUCAAUUUUGUGUGCAGUAGGACACCUGACACAAGAUACACAGACGCGUGCAUACAUACGGUGCAAUAUUGCCAUACAACCUUGAGGGGCGAUCUUCCAAACUUCCAUGUUGAGUGUGCAUGUUACAGUCAAACAAUGGUGGAAAAUAUGAAUGAGAGUCCCGUUGACUAGUGCUCUGAUAGCUCCUUUGCAAGUACUGUAUUCGUUUGCACACGGUGGUGCACACAAGUUAAUUAAGUCACGCAGCAAGUACUAUAUUCGGGGCCUAAUUUCCACCAUGAUUUAUCACAACUUCCCUGGUGCUUGCACAGCUAGUCCAGUAAGCUGAUGCAUUGGAACACAAAGCUGAUAACACAGUCUGUGUUGACUUCAAUUUGAACAACGGGCUAGUCUUUUUUUAAUACAUAGAAUACAUUCAAAUUGUGAGUUAUCAUAUCAGAUUAAUAGUAUAUAUUUGUCAUGUUACAUAUGUAUAAAGAAAACAAAUAAGGAAAUGAUAUGGACAGAUCUUUCAUUGUAAUUAUCAACAGCUCACUUGAGCACAGAUAUGGUUUUGUGCCAAACAAGAGGGGCAACCGGGGAUGCUGUCGUGAAAGUAGCCAUAGCAGGAGACUUGCCAACGGUUCCCAGAAACUACUUCUCAGAACGAACCAUCCAGGGGUGGGAUUUAUGCUGUCUGUUGCUAUUGCGGUGAUUAAGCCCAGUUGUGGAUGACUGUAAAAGGUUGUCGAAUCCACUGGUAAGAACAGGAUGUCAAAACACGGGCGAGUCGAGAGCAUUCUUGGCACUAUCACCCUCUGUCUUAGUACUUAGUACAGAGUACUUAGAACGCUGUCUUGUGUUUUUUUUCUGAUAUGUAAUAUACACACAAGGGUGAUUGAGGAAAUUAUUGUCCCGUAUGUACAUGCGCUGGUUGAUGUUUACAAAUGUUGUCACUUCUUUGUUCUGCCCUCACAUGUAAAAAUGUCAGUUGUGGACAUCAAGGUACGAAGCUAAAUGACUAAAUGUUACUGUGCAGAGCGGUCAGCGUGCAGCAGUUACUGCCAGUUUCGCACUUAAACUGUACAUGACCACAAUGGUGCACCCUUAUUCAAACUAGAUUCAAACAUUUCUAGAUGUUGCGAUUAGUUUUUAACUAUUUUUAAAUGUAUAUUUUUGUUGUGUUCACAUAUGUGUUCAAGGAGACUUUUUGUAUAUACUUUUUUGUGUGUGAAGAUUUUAACGUCUUCUGAAUUCUUCUGAGGACUUUUUUUUCUAAAACAUUAUCUUUCAAAGGCAGCAUCCUAACUGCCAUUGUCAUUUUGCCCUUUUGUCUUUCAAGUGUCACUCUCCCACAAAGUCAUAUGUUCAGUGAAUCCUCUCAGAAUGACAUCUAUUGGCAGCAAUCUAAUUUGACGGUGCUGGCUCAAAGCUUCACCAUCUCUCUUCACCCUGCAGGGCCAGCUGUUUGGCUGCCCUGGCACUGACCUCUCACUUUCAAGCACUAGUUAGAAAAAAGAACAUAUAUUGGUGGUGGUGGUGGUGUAACCCUUUGAGGAGUAAGGAUUUUCGCCCAGUUCUUCUAGAAUUUCACGUGAAACACUCUACAGCUCCCAUAGAAGUCUGUGUUAAAAAUCUUUCAAAGUCCUUAUGACAUCGUAAUGAGAACUCAACAUUUUGGCAAAAUUCUAAUCACAUAUUUGUGAUGGUACUCCUCAAAGUAGUUAAACUAAGCAUCUGAGAGUUACAGAGCUGUGGUGCUGCAAGCUGAUUUUUGUUCAGCAUGGUUGGCCAAGACGACCCCCCCACUCCACCCCCCACCCAGGGCCGCCGACAGCUUUGGCUGGGCCAGGGACAAUUUCAUCUGAAAGCCCCCCACAACUGAUCUCUCUGUCCUCCCCCUGUGGGCUAGCUCCCCUGGUCCCGAACUCCCAGCAACCAUCCUCGAAUGAACUCCCCACCCACACGUGACCACAGCCAGGAUGAGAGAGGGCCUGCUUGAUCUGUGGGGAAUUCAUGCUGGUAGGGAUUUAAUCCCUGUGUUUAUAGAGUGUCGACCAGCCCACCCAUCCCCCCAUAGUGCACUCCUUGGUCAGAGUAAUGCCAGCUUUAAACUGUGCUCCUAUGGCACGCUUCUCCAUGUGGCUGGUGCUGUAAUGCUCUGAGAUUUCUUUUUGAUUGAAGCAGAAUAAAUGCCUGCUUUGGUUUUGCCCCACUAUAAACUCUCUCCAGCCAUGAUAUGUAUGUAAACCUGCUGAUUUGUGUCGGGAGAUACUGCAGAAGGAAUGUGAUUCAUUUUGGUAUUGUAUGAGAACCAUUUUGGUAUAGUAUGAGAACCUUGUAUGAGAGCCGUAGUCUCCUCUGUUGUGUUGAAGUGUGUUGGGUUUCGCCAGACACAUUGUUAUGAUUGAGAGCUCUGCUGUUUGAGUUGCUCAGCUAUUUGGUUUAUUUUUUUACCUUGCACUGCUUUCUAGGGCCACUGACAGCCUUGCAUCCCUCCCCACCCCCCACCCCCCCUGCUUUGUGACCGUGAACUUGAAAUGCCGCUUACAAGUGAUGAAGUUAUUUUGUGUCAAUGUUCACAAUUUAUUGUGUGUGUGUAUGUUUGUGUGUGUGAUAGUGUUUUGGGAAUGCUUUCACACAAUGAAAUAAAUCAUUCCAGACCUAAAUGUUCUAAGCCCCUUUUGAAUCAUUCUUAGCGGUUGGGACA